AGGUCAUGGCGGUUCGCCUGUUUGAAGUGUUUAUAAUUCUUCUGGAGUGAUUAUAUUUGCGAAAGAUUUUAGAUAUGGUCAUCAACACGUUUCGAUGUUUCACUCUAGAGUAUUUAUUAUUUUAGAUCUGUUGCCCUAGAGGAAAUGCUCGCUCAAAAACUAGAAAUUACAGGCACCAUCAAGAAUCUUAUUUUCGAUUGAGGGUUGGAUAAACCAAAAUACGUAUUUCGAAUGUGCUCUGUGAUUUAACCAAGAAUGCAGACGCCACCAUGCAUCAGUGUGGAGGACGAAGAAAUAUCUGAUACUCAAAAUGAUCCUGUUGUACAUGAGCUAUUUGAAGACGCCAUUGAAGUUUUGCUUCUUUUGGGGGCAGAUGAGAAACUCAGUGGUAAGGUGGUUAUUUCCAGUUCGAUAUCUGAUAGAUGUUCCCCUCUCCUACUUAUCCUCUUUAAUUAAUAAGCCAGUUAAUCAUUCACUCAGUCAAUCACUUGGCUGGUCAGUUAGUCAGACAGUCCUGGAUCGGUCAGUCAGUCUGUCAGUCUAUCAAUACUCAGUGCAUCAGUAUGUCAGUCAGUGGGUCAGUCAGCAAGUCAGCCAGCCAAUCAGUCAGUUAAUCAACCAGCCAGUUAUUCAGCCAGUCAUCCAGCCAAUCAGUCAGCUGGUCAGUUAGCCAGUCUGUCAGCUAAUCAGUCAGCUAGUCAGCCAGCCAGUCAGUCAGUUAGUCAGUCAAAUAGAUUAUUAUUGCCUUGUGACUGCUUUGUUUUCUCACUUUUGUAUAAAAUUUAGUUGGGUGUUCAAGCUCAGAGAGGUGUCACCAAAACACUCAGCAAGGCAAGAAGAGUCAACCACACCCAAGUCACAGAAAAUAUGUAAAGAAACCAGCAGAAAUAACAAGAGCAAAAAGAAGGAAACUGGAGAGAAUAAAGGCUCCAGUGACAAUCUUAAGAAAAGCAAAGCAACUUGAAGGUAAGAGUUAGUAUGAUGUUUGAGUUUCAGGGAAGGACUUAUGGGGUAUUUGUCCCAUUUUUGAAAGGAUUUUGGACACUUUUUGUAGAAGAAGUAUCACUUUCAAUAGCCUCUCCUCUUCACAGAAGCUUACAAGGAGAUAUCUGCCACACAGAAUGAGGACAGGCACAAAUCAAUGAAUAUUCAGCAACUUUUUAUUUUUUUUUUAAGCCUCUGGAGGAGAGAGGUUUUUGACUCUAUACCUCACCCCACCCCACCCCACCCUGCUUGUGCUCCUGUUAUCCCUGAGUUCAACCUCCCCAGUUCAUGGAUCAUUGUUUUUUUUUGCCUUGGCGCCAUCAUGACACUGGCAUGAAGUAUACAAUCCUUGUGAAAUCAUUCAAUUGUGUUGUAUGAUUGUAGGAGGAAGGGAAGUCCUGAUUUUUGUUAGUGACAGUUAACCCUUUAACUCCCAUGAGUGACCAAGACAGAAUUUCUCCUUACAAUAUCAAUACAAUAUCAACCAGAUAAGUGAUGAGAAUAGAGAAAAAUAUCAAUUUGGGGAUAAUUAGGUGAUCCAAUAAUAAAUUCUCUGAACUAACACUGUAAGAAUUGUGUGGUUGACAGUGAGGAGAAUGACAAAUUUGAUCUGGGAGUUAAAGGAUUAACAAAAUUUUGGUGUAGUUAGCCUAAUUCAUCAUUGGAGAUAGGGAAAGGAAACUUUCUUGGCUGCACGGUAUCGCUUAAGUUUGUGCCUGGAAAUUGUGUGGUCAGUUUUUUUUUCUUUUUUCUUUUUUCUUUUUUCUUUUUUUCUCAGUCCGAUUAAAAGGCAGACAACUCUUUCCUUGACUCUGAUGUUGCCUUACCAUCGAUCAUCAGAAAUCAACCUUUCUCACCAACAAUAAUCUGUUUAAGUUCUAUCCUCAACAGAGGAAUCACAUGAUACUAUCAACUAAUAGGCCCAGUUUCAAGUCAUUUUCUGUCUUAAUUUAUUGUUAUACAAUUUUAAUAGAUAUUUUAAUUAAUUCAUUUCAUAACAAUCCUGACCAUCUUUAGUGUCAUCAGAGGAACAAGAGGUUUCUGUCCAAAAGAUGUUGAGUUAUGUCAACCAGAUGCCACAUCAAGAAAAUUUCCAACCUCCACCUCUUCCUUUUGUGUCAUUUGGAUUGGAUGAAAUGAAUGUAAAGUACCAUGACAAUAAUGCCAUUCCGAAGAUCUCACAUUUUGAUUGUAUUUUUUACAGUGAUUACUAUAUAAUAAUGUCACUAGAAUGACAUUUGCAAAUGUGAGGUAGAUGAUAGUCAGGCUUUGUAACUAUGUAACAUUGCUUGUCGUCUGAGGUAAUUUUUUCAAGAAAGUUCCAAACCAUUAUGUGGGAGGUACAUGUUGUCCAAAGAGUCAAACCAGCAUGAAUCCCUUACACUGACAGGUUCAAUUUCUAUCAUGUAUAGUAUACAGUAGUUAAAUAAUUAUUUAAAAGUCCUUUAUCCCAUCUUUUACUGAUCUGAAUGGUGCCAAAUGACAAUUUGCCUUUUUUGCCUUGCUUUUUUCUGUCUUUGUUUCCUUCUGCCCCUAAAACAGGAACACAAGAGUCUUGCCUCCAGUAAUUCACUUGGCCUUGACAGUAUCGCUCAAGACCAUACUUACUUAUCCAGUGAAAAAGAUGUCGCCCUGUGGAAGACAUUGACUGCUUCUCCUAACAACUGUAAUAUUUUUGUGGGAGGCCUGCACCAUGGGGUUGUAUCAGAAGUUCUGCACACUGCUUUUAAAGCAUUCUGUUUGAAAGAAGGAGAUGAAAAGAAGAUGAAGGUAGAGCUCUGUUUUGGGCAAAAAAGUUCCUGUUAUAAAGCUCAAUGAUAAAUACCUUUCUGGGUUUCUCAGAGAGCAGAGGGAGGAUUUUUUCUUGCCUCAAAGAUAUUUUUACCUCACUUUUUUGAACAGGUUGGGUGUUCCACCAAAACCUCAUUUAUGCCCUUCCUUCUAAAGGAGUCUUUGUUCAAAAACAAUUAACCCUUUAACUCCCAGAUCAAUUUUGUAAUUCUCCUUACUGUCAACUAUGUAAUUCUCAUAAUUUUAGUUCAGAGAAUUUAGUAUUGGAUCAACUAAUUAUCCCAAGAUUGAUAAUUUUCUUUAUUCUCAUGACUUAUCUGGUUGAUAUUGUAUUGAUAUUGUAAGGAGAAAUUCUGUCUUGGUCACUCAUGGGAGUUAAAGGAUUAAACACCAUGUAACUAUACUUGCCUGUUUAGUUCUCCUUUUCCACUGAUCUUCUUUUAGGCCCAUGUUGUUGUGGAUGUUAGCAGAAAUCUGUCAAAAGGCUAUGGAUUUGUGACAUUACCUUGUAGAAGAUCUGCCGAACUGGCCAUGAUAUGGUAAGUUUUAUAUCUUUGGUUGGAAAAUUAUUUCAUUGAAACACCAGCAAAACUAUUAACAUCGUUGAUAGUGAAUUUAUACUUUUUAACCCUUAACACCCGAACAUCAGUGUACAAGUUCUCUAUACUGUUCUCUAUACAUUUUCUAUGAUGCUGACCAAGAGAAUUUAUUUAACAAUCAAGAGCUUUAUGAGUUUGAUAUCAUUUAAUUAAUUUUCAUAGCCUUAGGCUAUUGGAAGAAAUUAGAUGUUUAUCACUCUUAGGGGUUAACCGUUUAACUCCCAUGUGUGACCAAGAUAAAAUUUCUCCUUAAAAUAUCAAUACAAUAUCAACCAGAUAUUAAGUGUGUAGAAUAAAGAAAAAUAUCAAUUUGGGGAUGAUUAGUUGAUCUGAUACUAAAUUCUUAACUAACAUUAUAAUAAUUGUAUGGUUGACAGUAAGGAGAAUUACAAAUUUGAUCUGGGAGUUAAAGGGUUAAUGAAUUUAUCCACAAUAAUAGGCACACUUUUAAGGCCUACUUUUAUCAAAAGAUUUUUGCCAUUAUUUGGCAAAAUUGUGUUCUGAACCAUCUUCAACGUAGUCAACUGUUUUAACUAAACAUUGAUAUUUGUUGAAAGCACCAGGGAUGGUAAUUAUAACUGACAUUGGAAAAGACUUUUUGUUAUUUCAAACAGCUUGUGUAGAAAAAAAUUCUUGAGAUCUACUGGAUGUAUAAAAUAAAUAUCCCCCAAAAUUAACCCUGUAUGGAAGGUUGAAAAAUAGGUAGAACAUUUUUGAUGUGACUGCAUUUGUUGCCAACAGCAUGCAGGAAUUUGAAAUUUAUGGCCAUUGUAUGCAGUUGGGUUGGGGCCAAGAAAAGAGGAAUGAAGUCUUGUCAAAUACUAAAGAUUCCUUAGGAACCAAACCAGGCUUAAAACAGUGUGAAAAGGUAAGAGAUGUAUAUACUACUUCUUUUUUUUUUACAAUAGCAUGCUGUUUACAUGAGGCAGGAACAAUAAUCUACCAAUUGAAGGUUCAGUAUUUUGUCUUGACUAGUUUGCAGUAACCAGUAGUCUUCUCUGCACUGUCUCAGUCUUAUUCCAUUUUAAAUUUAAAUUAACCCUUUCAAUCCCAAGAUCUUAUUAGUAAUUCUCCCUAUACUGUCUGCCAUACAAUUCUUAUGAUAUUAGUUUGGAGAAUUUGGUAUUGGAUCAACUGAUAAUCCCCCCAUUUACAUUUUUCUUUAUUCUCAUCACUUGUUUGCUUGAUAUUGUUGUAUUAAUAUUGUAAGGAGAAAUUCCAUCUUGGUUUCUCAUAGGAGUUAAAGGGUUAAAGAUGUGGAAGAUUUCCUUUAGAAUUUUUUAUCUGGAUUGAUUUAGCAGAAGAUCAUCAUUAGUAUUGUUCCAUACUUUCCCAGAGGAUAGCUUGCUAUAAUUGAUCAGGCGGUGUUUUUUCCAUAGGUGUCUUUGCAUAGGACAACCACAAAAACAAAAGGGAACAUUGUUUCUGAUAGAGUGUUUUCAGAAAAGGAGGACCUUGUACCAAAGUAAGCAAUAUGAUGGGAAACUGAAUGAAAGGAAGGAAAAGGAGCAGAAGUUUAUAGUAAAUGGUUGGAAAAAAUGAAAUGAAAGGCAGACAGGUAGAGGUGGACUAAAUAGACUGACAGAUGAAUGGAAAGGCAGGCAGGCAGAGACAGACAGACAGGCUGAUGAAGAGAGAUCAUUUGUUUUUAUCAACUGAGUUGAUAAAAUUCUUCAAGUCUUUUUUUUUUUUUUUUUUUUUUUAAUUAUUUUUUUUUUUUAACCCAAAAUAAGGGGGAAGCCUGGGUCCCUUGGGCCCCUCCCCUAGAUCCCCCACUGAAUGAUGCAAGUUAAGGGUUAUGCUUAUGAGAUUUUUCAGGAAGAUAUCUGAGGCUUUUAUGGAAGGAUCGUGUUGAGCUAAUAGUUUUUACACCCCUCUACGUAUUUUGUGCGGUGCCUCAAGGUGUUCAGAUCAUUGUUUACUAAGAAACCUGUUCUUGUUUCUUUUAUAUCUCGUGAUCUCAGGCCUGUCUGAAUUUAUUGUUCAACAAACUCUCUUGCAGGACAUUAUUGAAGAGAUGCACCGCAAGAUGGGACCAAGAAACACCGAGAAAAAUUCAGAAAAUUGAGAAAUUAGUUCGGAAUCCUCUUCCACUGUACUCCUUUCAGUUUGACACGGAAUGCAAUUCAUUAUCAGGGGAUCAAUUUAAGACUGACGAUGGUUUGGACAAAAACAAAAUUGAAUUAGCACAAACGGAGACCAGAAUUGCAGCUCUGUGCAAAGAAUCAGUGAUCAGCCAUGGCAUAAAUACAGAUGCCUUUGAGGGUGGAAAUGAAGCUGUUUCAAGUGAAUGUUCAUACCAAAUUAAUUUGGAAGUAAAUAACAAAACAUCUUCAAUUCUGCCUGAAAUAGGACAAGAUCCAACUUACGCAAAAACUCGUCUGGAAAACAAUAAAGAAAUUGAAGAUACAGGGAAGCAUUUGUCUGGAGAGUUUGAGGUUACCUGUGAGAGGACAAGGUAUCAUGUUGACCAUAAUUUGUUUUAUUUAAAUUUUAGGUAAAUCUUUUACACUGUUCUUUCCAUGUUUUUGUUCAGUACCUUGCAAGUGGAUAUGAGUAGGCAGUAGCUGUGAAAUAAAAAGGACUUUAAAGGCCCAGACUACAUAACAGUUCUCGCUUUUGCCAAACAAUUAGCCAGAUAAAGUUAUAAUUGAAUCAUUGUUAUAAACAAUAAUAAUUAUAAUAAUAAUAACAUAUAUAUAUAUACAUUUAUUUUUUAAUUUACAGGUGUAACACUGAUGAACAUAAAAAACAAGUCAUUCAGUGGCUCACUCAUGACCAAAAAGUUGCACUGGUAAGUUAUUUGAUGUAUGAUUCAACGUCAUUAAUUUUCUUUUUCUUAUACUACAACUCCUGGUAGGGGAUGGUAGCAUUGUAGCAUCGUAGUUCGUUCUCAGGGUUCUUGCUGUUUUUCCUCCAAGUAGUAAAGAAAAGCUUGAGGACAGAGUUGAAGGAACUGACUUCGAAUAUGCUUGAAAUAUUUUUUAUUGGGGGGGGGGACGUAUUUUUGUGGGAGUAAAUUUUACACUGGCAGUAUGAGUGGGAAACAAAUGCACUCUGAGAGCAUCCAGAGCCAAAAAGUCAUACAGAGCAAAUGUAGUGAGAAACAGCUUUCAACGGCUUGUUUAAAUCAGUGCAAUUUUGUUUGCAUUGCUUUUUUGACAGAUAAAAUCGGUUUGUUCAAAGCUCCGCAGUUGUGGUGUCCAAGGUCACCUUGGAGUAUUUGGCAUUCAUUACGAAACAGAUAACAGUCGUCUGUAUGUAGUAUGCACUAAACACCUAACUGAGGCACAACUGCUCAAUGAAUUCAAAGUGUUUGGAACUGUGGAAGUUAAACUUAUUACUGAUGUCAAUGGAUUUUCCAAGGUAGAUUUAUUUUCCUUCAUUUUCUUUUUUCUAUUUCAGACAGCCUCUUAUCCUCAUGUGUUUUCUUCCCCUUCUCUCGAGUAUUUUUUUUUCUUGUACUCAAAGAAGCCUUACCACUCUCCUCUCUGGUUUUGCAUUGUGUCUUAUCACCUUAUAUUGUGGUUUUUCCUUAACAUCAUUGUUUGCUUUCAUUGUUAUUUUGUCAGCCUAUUUUUGUUUUUGUCCCUUCAUCCUUUUUCCUUCAUUUGGAACUUUCUAGAGCCAGUGCUAUGGGCAGUGAUUGGUUCAAAUAGUUGCAUCAUCCACCUAACCAAUCAGAAGCAAAACUUUAGCCAAAUGUGACUUGUAAUUGGUCUCUCAUGUUCUUGCACCCUUCAGGUGGUUUGUUUGCCUUUACUUUUCUCAUUGGCUCCAUGUGAUAUGUCCCUUUGUUCUGAUUGGCCCAGUCAAUCAUAUUACUUUGGUUUGCUUUUUUGCAACACUCAAUGGAAAAGCAUACAGUCCCUAAUUUCUGCACCUCAUUCUUUAGAUUGAUUUUUUUUUCAUUGAAUAAACCAACCAAUCAAUCAAUGCAUUAUUUUGUGGUUGAUAAUUUUGUUCCUGCAUGGUCUCUCUCUCAGGGUUGUGCCUUUAUCCAGUACGUGGAUAGUGCAUGUGCGGAAAGAGCCAUAAAACAGCUGCAUAGAAAGGUAAGCAAAUUAAUGGGUCCAGUUCAGAAGCUUAUUAUGGUAGUUACUUUGAAUUCCCUUCAAGGAGAUUUGUUAAGGGUGGGUGUGGAGUCAUUUUAUCUAAAUUUUCAGCAAAUUCUGCAAAAAUCUUCUGCACAAACUUUUCUGUUACCAUCUUAAAAGUUAGGGUUGUUAAUGGAUGGCUAACACAUGGAGAUUUUUGGGAGGUAGGAUGGGAGUUACAAUUCAAGAAUUCCACAAUGGCUUGACUUUUUGCAGCUCGAGUCCUCAGCUGGUUUAUGUUUUCCAGCCAAGAAACCUUCCUUUCUGUGUUAGGAUACAAAGGGGAAAUGUCUUAUCAUGAACUGGGGAUUUCUCCAUUUUGUUUGUUUCUUGUUUUUUUUUUUUCUUCUUUCACGUCGUGUAGUUCAGUAUUGAUAUUAUAACAACAGCUUUCCUUUCUUUUUUCCUCAAGGUAUGGAUUAUGUAAUUUCUUUUAAUAUCUUGCAUAGAUUCUUCGAAACAAUUUUUUUCUUCAGGUUGUUGGUGGUAUGCCAAUGAAAGUAAUGGUGGCUGAACCCAAACCUCCCAAAGGAGCACAGAGGAAGAGCACAUUGGUGUGACUUUGGUCCCUAAGCCUUUGCGCACAGGCAACCCUCUGAUUUCAAAUCCUUUUACAAAUGUGUUUGCUAUUCACUAGAAUAUAGAGGAAUAUUGAAACAGUUUAUAUAUAUACAGUCUGUGUGAAAGAAGAUCUACCCUUUAAGCUGGAAUGAUUUUAAUGUUACCCCUUAAACUCUCGAGUGACCAAGACAGAAUUUCUCCUUACAAUAUCAACCAGACAAGAGAUGAGAAUGAAGAAAAUAUUGAUCAGGGACUAUUAGUUAAUUCAAUACCAAAUUCUCUGACCUAACAUUAUAAGAGUUGUAUGGCAGAGUAAAGGGAAUUACUAACAAGAUCUUGGAAAUGAAAGGUUAAUGGUAUCGAAAUUUAGCUCAAGGACUGGAUUUACCACUAAGCUUAAAAGAGAAAAACAAAACCAAAAUUUUGCAAUGAUGACAGCUACACAUGAACAAAAAUCAAGAAAAGAAAACA